UUAAAAAACACUCAACCCUCUCUCUCUCUCUCUCUCUCUGCACUCCGGCGUGUCGCCGCCGCCGCAUGCCGCUUUUCCGGCUGCUGAUCCAUUCGCUACGCCGCCUUUCCUUUGAUGUUCUUCUCCAUGUGCAAACCACGCAAAAAGAAGAUGACGAAUCAGCCAGUAGUUGAACCAACGAAUCACCCUUCUCCGCGUCCGACUUCGUCUUCCUCGUCGAGGAAAUCGAAGAAAUCGCAGAUGAAUUCCACCUCCAAUCCAUCCUACUCGACCGGCUCCGACAAUUUCGCGAUCCCUAGCACCGCCUCCACCUCCAGCUUCUACGUAGAUUCCUGGAAAACCUCUGGCUCCGGCCUCGCAUCGCUCAACAGCUUCCGCGAUUCAAUUCUUCCGGAGCAGCCGUACGUGUACAAUUUCAGGGAGAUCUCGGCGGCGACGCGCAAUUUCACGCUUAAACCCUACUCCUCCUCGUCGUCCUCCACCGCGUGGCGGUGCAGCAUCCAGAAUCAGGACGUGGUCAUCUUCCAGCGGAAAUUCCGCCGCCAAAUGGACACCUCGCAGCUCGUCGAUCGCCUCUCGCUCAUCUGCCGUAGCCACCAUUCCAGCUUGGUAAAAUUGAAAGGCGCUUCGAUUUCCGAUGGUUACAUUUAUCUGGUUUAUGAGCAUGUUCCUGGUGCUAGUCUUGCUAAUUGCUUGAGAAAUGCUAAGAACCCUAGCUUCACAGUUUUAGUUAAAUGGAUGUCUCGAAUUCAGAUUGCUUUGGAUAUAUCUCACGGUUUGGAUUAUGUCCACAAUUCAACAGGAUUAGGGUUUGAAUUUGUGCACAACCAUAUAAAGAGCAGUAGCAUUAUAAUCAUCGAACCUGCCCUGAAUGCAAGGAUAUGCCAUUUCGGAACCUCCGAGCUCUGCGGCGAGGUAAUAAGAGACAAUCCAGAGGACUCUAAACAGUUGAUCCGAUCAAACAGUAAGAUCAAUAAGUUCGAGGGGACAAGAGGGUAUAUGGCCCCGGAGUUCCAAAGAAGCGGUAUUGUAACUCAAAAAUGUGAUGUGUUCGCAUUCGGGGUGGUGAUUCUUGAAUUGUUGUCGGGGAUGGAGCCAUUGUCUUACAAAAUUAAUGAAGACUCGGGCGCCUAUGUGAGAACGUCGGUGGUGGACACAGCAAGGGCGGCAGUGGAGGGUGGUGAUGCCGGGGUUAGGCAGUGGGUGGAUAGGCGAUUGAGAGAUUCGUACCCGGUGGAGGUUGUGGAAAAAUUGGUUCGGUUGGCAUUGGAUUGUGUGGAGGAUGAGCCAGAUAGAAGGCCCGAUAUGGGUAAGGUUGUAAUUCAGAUUUCUCAGAUGUUCUUGGAAUCGCAGAACUGGUCGGAGAGGAUGGGAGUGCUUACCGACUUUACUGUUUCUAUCGCACCGCGGUGAAGCUUCUUUACCUCAGGGAUUCAGCAUUGUAUAUUUCUGUGAAUCGUAUUUUUAUUCGAGCCUACAUUUAAGAAUCAAUUCUUGCCGUGUUUUUGUCCCUGGAUCACAGAAGUUGUUUCUUUGUUUGAAAGAAACAACCAAGAAACACUUCAGAUCAUUGGAAAAAAACAGAGGGAACGUUUUUAGAUAUACGGAAUUCUUGGAUUCGGAUAAUUAUCUCGAUUUCCCACGUUUCUUUACACCUAUUGUAGUCACUGAUGAUAUAUUUAGGAAGUAAGUAGUGUUGGCAUUGCUGUUAUCUGUUCAUUGUUCGAAUUUGGAUUAAAGAGGUUUCCGAGGUCUCAAUUCUGUUUCAGGCCUCACUCUGAAAUCGGUCGUCGGUCCGGGCUACUCGGAGCAAUUGAGGAACUUCUUCUGUUUAAGUAUUGACUUGAUUUUUCCCUUAUCCAGGUAUGACUUUUCUUGUUUCGAAUGACUACUAAAUUACAAAAAAAUAUCCCACACGUAUACCCAUUAUUAUUUUUGUUAUGUAUUUAUCUUGUUGGCAAAAUAUAUUGCAUAUUUACAAAAGUCACUAUUUCUGUCAUUUUGCUUUUGCCGGGCACGACGUUCACACCAGGCGCGAUCAUGGUGUCCAAAUGAUAGAAAUAGCGGUUUUUGCAAACACGUAGAGUAGGAUAUGGGUAUAUGUGUGGGAUGUAUUUUUGCAAUUUUCCCUGAAAUUUGUCUUGGUUACGCCGAGUGUCUGACUUUCUUCAAAUGUUUGGUAUGUUUUUGAAUUGUUUUUUUCUGCAUAAGCUGCUGAGGAUAUGUUCCUUCGCAUAUUGGAGUGUUUUUAGAAGUGGUAAAAAAAUUGAACUGAAAGUAGGCUUUGAAGAAGGGCGUGCAUUCGGUUGAUUUGGUUUGAAUUUUAACUUUUGAUCGAUUUUCGAUUUAUAAAAUUUAAAAUUGAAAGACCGGUUUGGGUUUAACAAACCAGAC